UCAUAAAUAACUAUGGGAUAAGUUUUACUAUAAACGUGUACUCAUUAAAUGGAUUAUAGCCAUAGGUGUGUGAAGUUGACCUCGAGGGUAAAAUCCGAAUAGAUUUAAGGGGAAGUAUGCAAAAUGAUACAGCCAUGUAAUAUGUCGAGACCUAGUUUUAGAAAAUUGAAGUAAGUAUAAACAGAGAACUUGAAAAAUUAUAUUUUUACUCGUGUCUCCUUAGGGUUGGACCCCGAAACGAACCAGAAGAUUCUAAGGGUGCUCGUGUUGCUUGUCAGAAUACAGAUAAGGGCGACGUGACACGGACAGGACACUUGAUGUUAACCGAUUUCCAAUGAGGUUAAGGAAGAGGCUACAAGAAGCUGAGGAAUACAUUGAUGUUCUUCAGACACAGCAUCAGCUUGUGAGCAAUUUACUGGAUCAGCAACGAAUACCUUUCCCAUACUCGAUGCCACUGACAUGGAAAGCCUACAUGGAGAACAAAACAGCUAAGAUGGAGGAGGAAAUUCGGUCGUUGAAGAAAGAAAGUUUAUUAAAGAAAAUUGCACUGGAUACUACAGAGGAAAGAUGCAAUGAGCAAAACGAUGAAGUGAGACAACUAGAGGAGGACGAAAUUAACCUUCGGAGACAGACUUCAGAUGUUCUGAGAGAGUUCUGGGAUUUAAAAAUAAAACGGGAAGCCGAUCAGUUCUCUCUGUUUCAAAAGAAUGACCCACCGGACAAUUUUUCUGUUACCUCACUUCCAAAUCUUUAUUUCACGGACUUAUGA